AUGAAGUGCGUGGGCUCUUCUUCGGCGGCGUCGGGGCGUCGAACGCCGCACGCGGUGAUCCGCAUGCUGAACCUGAACGCGCCGCGUUCUGCGCUCGACCGCGUCAACGACGACGACGUCGAGGUGUACAAGGUGCUCGUGAUGGACAAGCGAUGCUUCGACAUCGUCACCCCGCUCGUGCGCGUGAACGAGCUGCGACGGCACGGCGUGACGCUUCAUCUUCUCCUGGACGCGGACCGGCAGCCGAUCGCGGACGUCCCCGCGGUGUACUACGUCUCCCCGACGCCGCGCAACGUCGCGCGCAUCGCGAAGGACUUCAAAGACGGGCUCUACGAGGCGUACCACUUAAACUUUUCGUCGUCGCUCCCGCGGCCGCUGCUCGAGCAGCUCGCGAACGACGCGGUGAAAUUCGACGCCGCGGCCAAGGUGGAGCGCGUGUUUGACAUGCACAGCGACUUCGUGUCGCUGUCCGACGACGUCUUCACGCUCGCGCAAGCGGACGCGUACGUGAAUCUGAACGACCCGACGAUGAAGGACGCGGACGUGGAGAGAGGCGCGUUCGUUCGCGUUCCGGUGAACGACGUCGUCACCGGCUUGUUUUCCGUGUGCGCGACGCUCGGGAAGGCGCCCAUCAUCCGCGCGCAGAGAGGCGGCGCCGCGGAGAUGGCCGCGACGGAGCUCGACCGGCGGCUGCGCGAUCACGUCAAGGCGCGCGGUGGGCUGUUCGCCGCGGACGACGUGGGCGGGUUCGGCGGCGGGUUCGGCGGCGGCGCGGCGAGGGGCAGGCCGUUGCUGUGCUUGUUCGACCGCAACUUUGACCUCGCGAGCGCGCUGCAACACGGGUGGACGUACGCGCCGCUGGUGCACGACGUGCUCGGUAUGCGGGUCAAUCGCGUGGACAUCGCGGGCGGGGACUCGUCCGCGGCGGCGGCGGCGACGAUGACCAAGAAGAGCUACGACUUGGAAGACAACGAUCCGUUCUGGGUGAGGAAUUACGCGAGCGAGUUUCCGAAAGUCGCGGAGGAAGUCGAAGCCGAGCUCGCGAAGUAUAAGAAGGCGAUGGACGAGAUCAACAGAGGCGUCGCAUCGAGCGGCGGCGCGGACGAGGGGGACGCGCUGGGGGACCAGACGAGGAAGCUCGUCAGCGCCGUCGCGUCGUUGCCGGAGCUGCAGGAGCGGAAAAAGGUUAUCGACAAGCACACGAACAUCGCCACCGCGUUGCUCGGUCAGAUCAAAGCCAGAGGGAUCGACGAGUACCACGCGAUCGAGGAAGACUUGCUCUCCGGGAAGUGCGACAAGGAGGCGGUGAUGUCGCUGCUCGCGGCGACGGGACGGGGCACCCCCGAGGAUAAGUUGCGGCUCGCGAUCUUGUACGCGAUGGAGGGCGCGCUGAUGGCGUCCGGCGCGGACGCCGCGGCGUUGGGGUUCGUCAAGAAGAUGGCCGCCGUGGAGGCGUCGCUGGCGUCCGCGUCGAGCCGUCUCGACGACGAGGCGGCGGGCGACGGCGACGUCUUCGGGUGGGCGGAUAAGCUCUACGGGCAAUCCAUAAACGCCGUCGCGAAGGGCGUGAAAUCGUUGUUAAGCGGCGGGAGGCAGCUCGCGAUCGCGAGAGCCGUCGACGCGCUCAUGACGAACGCGCCGGGAAGCGCGGAGGUGGAGUCGUUCGCGCGGUUCGACCCGAAGGAGGCGGGCGCGCCGACGCCUAUGCCGGCGCCGUUCAACGACGCGAUCGUCUUCGUCCUCGGCGGCGGGAACUACCUCGAGCACCAGGGCAAGAGCGUGGUGUACGGCGCGACGGAGUUUACGACCGGCGCGGAGUUCAUCAACCAGCUGAGUCUCCUCGGGAAGCGGACGGGGCACUGA